AACAAAACACACGUCCACGCACACAAGCAUAUACGAACACACGUUAACACACGCUCGCCGAGCUCUUCCCCGACAGAGGAGAGAGAGAGAGAGAGAGAGAGAGCGCGAGCGCAGAUAGAGGGAUAAACAGAGGGAGAGAGAGAGACUACAGGAACGCAGCGGCUCGUGUGUGCGUGCGUGCACGCGCGUGUGUGUUUGUGUGUGUGUGAAGGUACGCUCGUUCGUUGGCAGAAACGACUGGCGGGGCGGAUAUGGAGGGGCUCGGGAAAAACGCUGGGAACUGACCGAGCACCGAGACGAAGAGAGGGUCAGAGAGAGAGAGAGAGAAGAAAGAGAAAGGACGGACAGCACCGAAGGAAGGAAAGGAGGAGAGGAGGAAAGAAGUCUGACAGAGGAGCCGAGGACUGGGAAGAGCGGCUCGCGUGGAACACAGAAGGACCCUAAGGAGCUAGCCCUGGGCUGGAUGGGACCCACCAUGCCCCCCAGUAAGAAGGCCCAGAGCCCCAGUAGUGGAGCCAGUGCCUCACAGGGCAUGAGCCCGCCGUAUCGGCAGGGGGACGCGGCCACGGCGGCGUCCGAGGCCGAGGCGGCUGACCUCUCCCUGUCCCUGUCUGCCUCCUUCUCCAAGGCCGAGGACGAGGAGCUCACCAGCCUGUCCUGGCUCCACGAGAGCACCGACCUCCUCAACAGCUUCAGCCACUCGGGGCUGCGCAGCGUGUCCCCCCUGCAGGACCCCGACAGCCAGCACCCCCGCUCGCCCUCGUCCUCGUCUCCCUCCCUGGACGACCCCCUGCUCGCCGAUGCGCACUCGGCGUACGACCUGGCGGCGGGGGCCAACAGGAAACCGCCCUACUCCUUCAGCUGCCUCAUCUUCAUGGCCAUCGAGGACGCGCCCAACAAGCGGCUGCCGGUGAAGGAUAUCUACGGAUGGAUCCUGGAGCACUUCCCUUACUUUUCCAGCGCCCCCACCGGCUGGAAGAACUCAGUGCGCCACAAUCUGUCGCUCAACAAGUGCUUCAAGAAGGUGGAUAAAGACCGGAGCCAGAGCAUAGGCAAAGGCUCCCUGUGGUCCAUAGACCCCGAGUACAGGCACAACCUGAUCCAGGCGCUGAAGAAGACGCCGUACCACCCCUACUCGCCCGGCCUGGCCACGCCCUCCACCUCCCCCCCCACCCUGCCGCAGACAUUUCACCACAGUCCUCCAUUGUGGUCGGGGAAUCCCCUCUUCAGAAAGAACGGAGGAGUUCUCCUGCAAGUUCCCCGUGGCGUGAUCCAAAAUGGCGCUCGCAUCAGGAGCCAGGCGCUCUUCCCCGUGAUAAGACCCCUACCUGUAAGCCCCGUGGGAAGCAGAACCUCAGCCAUACGAUCAUCCCUGGGAGAUUAUCUGAGCCGAGGACAGGACAGCCCGUCCCGCUACUCUCCCCCGCUGGUUGGCGAGGACCUCCAGGACGACCACACGUACAGCACCGCCAAAUCCCCCAGCAGGCUGUGCUCCUCCGGCGUCGGCACCCCUUCCUCUCCGCUGGACGACGACAUCAUCGCCGUGGAGAUCCAGUCAGACGUUAAACCGGAGCCCUGGGAGAUCCCGCUGGACUCUCACAUCGCCACGGCCGCCGCCACCUACAUUUCCCAGCAGGCCCUGCGCGGACAGAGACGCAGCUCGGGGCCCGGCGCCGCCACGCUGCCCGGGAGCAGCUUGCCCUGGACCAAAAACCGCGCGCGGAGCAUUAGCGACACGCUGCCGCUGAAGAAGCGGCGCGCGGCGGCGGUGGAGAAGCCGCCGGAGAGCGACGACGAGGAGAUGAAGGAGGCGGCGGGGUCGCUGCUCCACCUGGCGGGGGUCAGAGCCUGCCUCAACAACAUCACAAACCGCACCGCCAAGGGCCAGAAAGAGCAGAAAGAGGCCCUGAGAAACUAAGACUAAGUACAUAGUCACGCAAACACGCGCGCGCACACACACACGCACAGAGACAUGUACACACAAUACACAAACAGGUCAACAGGUAACGUUACUUCAGCAUUAGUCUCAACGGACACCCGUCAUCUCCCUCGAUCUAUCUGCAGGGCAUUAGGUGAAUCCUACUUAUUUGUGGCAAUAUCAAAAAUCUAUGUUUUCCUACAUGUUCAGCAACACUAACAUCAAUGGGUAUUUCUCAUGUGUCUUUGUUGUUUUUGUCGUUUAAAAGGGGAUGAAAGCCAUACAAAAUGCAUGUUUUGUCACCAAUUUGGACAGGUUGAACACGACAAAGCGGAAUCACAUUCUGGAGCUGGCUGUUUGUCUUACCUGUUGGUUUCCAUGGGAAUCUGUAGCAAUCUCGCAGCGAAGCCAGCCGAGAGGGGGCGGAGCCUCUUUGGCGAGACGCAGAGCUCUCCCUCGGCCGCCCGCGAGCAUCACUCUCCCACACCCACGAGCACAAAUGUGAGACUGUGCCAAAGACGAGCGACCAGGUCGCUCCAUGUAGCCGAUGCGACAGCUGGGGGGCCGAGGAGAGGAGGAGGAGGAGGAGGAGGAGGAGAGGGAGGCGGGAUGACCUAAAGCGUCCCAAUAAUUGUAAAACCCAAUGUGAUAUAUAUUCAUGCACUUAAGAUUAUUUAACACCACUUAUAAUAGAAGCGUCAUGGAUAAAACAUGGUUUAUUUCAAGAGCACUCAUAGUAUUUAAGAAUAGAUAUUUAAAACAAACAAAAAAAAGGGUCAUGUUUUUAUCACCAUAGGAAUGGAUGGUGUGUGCCGGGUCUGAGGCAAUAUCUCCUUCAUUUUGUUGUUGUUGUUCCAUUAUGUAAACGUCCCUAAAGCUUCCCCAGUACUUGUGUCCAUAGACGUAGGCACCUGGUAUAGAUAUCGUAGCUGGCAGUAGCUACCACACCUUCCUGUCCAUCUAACAGUGUCAAAGAACUAUAUCCAUCAACUGUGGGUUUAGACUUCUGUUUGUGUCUGUUUACCCUCAAUCUACCCUCAUAAAGAUAUAAGCAAUUUGUCCCCUGUGGACAACUCUGUAAAAAGGUUAGAAAAUAUUUUAUUUUUUUCCUUUCUUAAUUGAAGCAAUUUGACCUGCAGGACUUUCUCAGUUAUAUUGCAUGGGUGCUUGUAAAUAAGAUAAAAAGCAAAUCUUUUUUAUUCAAAGAUCAUGUAAGAUAAACAAUGUAUUUAGCAUGAAGCAUGACUUAUUUUCAUAUAAACCCUGAUCCUAGAGGACAGAAAAAAGUUUUGCCGCCAAUUGUUAUACCCGUGAUUAUAUUGGAUUUCAUUUUUCAUUUGAAUCUUUAGUCUUUUGAUUUGUUUGUGAGCGUGCUUUCAAAGACACGCCUUCAGGGAGGACCACUCUGCACCUCCGGGCUUCGGGUUCAGGCCUUGUGGGCCAGCUGAACCGCCUCGUGGUGGGGGGGGGGGGCUUCCGUCUUCUUCUGCCUGUACAGUGAUUUUUAGGUGUUCAAUGUUAAGCCCUGUGUUAUUUCUGAACACAUGUGUAGAGUGUCUGUGUGUGUGUGUGUGUGGGUGUGUGUGUGUGUGAGUUGGUGUGCCCAGGAGCACGCCCCCUUUAACAUUGUGCCUGCCUGCCUACCUGCCCUCAGCACCGUUACUUGUCUUCAUUUCCAACAGUAUUGGUUUCCCUCGUAAACGUGUCCUCGCUUCCAUCGCCAUCGCUCCGUGGCCACAGGAAGCCGUGUUGGUGUCCCGAAACAAGCCCAAAUCCCCAAGUAGGCUACGUAGAAAUCCCAGAGGAAUAUUUUCAUUUACAUACAGUAUUGUUAACCUUUCCCUUUGGAUGUCAAGCUCGCGUACAUGUUUAUCUCAAGAGCCCAAUCCAGAGCAUUUUAAAAUAUAUUUAAAGAAAGGAGUGCGUGUAUUUCACGUAGAACCGAGAAGACAAAGUCACGUUGGAAGUCCACGAGGGAAGUAGUGAUUUUUGCAUCAGGAGUAACAUAAAUACUCCACUGCCAUGGUUGGGCCUGCUUUCCCCUGCAGAGGUGCAGUGCACAUAGCGGGGCGGUACCGCAGGCCGGGUCUGGCUGUAGCAGCUGUCACACCAGGGUUCUGUUGAAGUGAUGGCCCGUCCACUGUCUUCGGCCACCCGUAGCACGCAUCGCUGGCUUUGCACCUUGUGUUAAAAAAAAAUAACGGGGGGGGGGGGGGGGACCUGUGAGAUGUACCUCACUGCCUGAAAAGGCCCCUGAAACAACGGGGAUCCGUUUCAGAGCCGCCAAACGGAAUGAAGCGCUCAAAAGAAAACAGUUGCCAUUUAUGUUUUUUAUGCACUUUUUUUCUGUUUGUUUCUUUCUCGCUGACAAAAUGCUCUACGAUACUGCCAUUAUUUCUUUAGUGACAGUCUGAGCUGAACAUUGGAGAGCCAUAGGUAACAUGUCAAAAUGCAAAUGUUAUUGAUUUGUGAGAUGAGCUGCAGAGUGCACCGGGUUGUUGUUGUUUUUUUUUCAGUAAAUUUUCUCCUUAUUGUGCAAUCAUAUUGCCAAAGAAUGAUUUAAGACCUAUUUCAUCACUACAUGUAAAUAUCAACGUUGUCCAAAUACCGUGGCAAAAAAUAUAUAAAUGUUGUUUUAUUUUGUUUUCCAUUUCCUGAAAAACUGCAAUGAUGUUUAUGUGAUGUAUUGUCUUCCAGUUGGUUGCAAUAAUAAAAAAUACAAGUUGCA